AUGAAGUUCAGAGGCGCGCCCUCGUGCUCUGACCCCUAUUAUAUCUUGAGAAGGAGCAGAAAGGAACUACCUGACAACGGAGCGGGGGCCAACGGCAUCCGGUUGACCAUGGAGAGUGCUCUGACCGCCCGUGACCGGGUGGGGGUCCAGGACUUUGUCCUGCUCGAGAACUUCACCAGUGAAGCUGCAUUCAUUGAGAACCUGCGGAAGCGCUUCAAGGAGAAUCUGAUCUAUACGUACAUUGGCUCAGUUCUGGUGUCUGUGAAUCCAUACAAGGAACUGGAAAUCUACAGCAAGCAGAACAUGGAGCGAUACCGUGGCGUCAGCUUCUAUGAAGUUUCUCCUCACCUCUACGCUAUUGCAGACAAUUCCUACCGCUCCCUGCGCACGGAGAGGAAGGAUCAGUGCAUCCUGAUCUCGGGGGAGAGCGGGGCUGGCAAGACCGAGGCCACCAAGAAGAUCCUGCAGUACUACGCCGUGACCUGCCCAGCCAGCCAGCAGGUCGAAACCGUGAAGGACCGACUCUUACAGUCCAACCCUGUCCUGGAGGCCUUUGGAAAUGCAAAAACCCUUCGGAAUGACAACUCCAGCCGAUUUGGGAAAUACAUGGAUGUGCAGUUUGAUUACAGGGGGGCUCCUGUCGGGGGCCACAUCUUGAACUACCUCCUGGAGAAAUCCCGAGUUGUGCACCAGAACCAUGGAGAGAGGAACUUCCACAUUUUCUACCAGCUGCUAGAAGGAGGGGAAGAGGACUUACUGCGGAGGCUGGGCCUCGAGAAGAACCCACAACAGUAUCACUAUUUAGUAAAGGGUCACUGUGCAAGGGUCAGUUCCAUAAAUGAUAAAAACGAUUGGAAGAUCGUGCGAAGAGCCUUGUCCAUUAUAAGCUUCAAGGACAACGAGGUGGAGGAUCUGCUGAGCGUUGUGGCUAGUGUCCUGCAUCUGGGGAACGUGCAGUUUGCUGCUGAUGAGCAAGGAAAUGCUCAGGUCACUACAGAGAAUCAGAUCAAAUACCUGGCUAGGCUUCUAGCAGUUGAAGGCUCUGUUCUUCGAGAUGCUUUGAUCCACAGGAAGAUCAUAGCAAAAGGGGAAGAGCUCAUCAGCCCCCUGAACCUGGAGCAGGCAGCCUAUGCAAGGGAUGCUCUUGCCAAGGCAAUAUACGGACGCACUUUCUCCUGGCUGGUGAACAAGGUUAACAAGUCUCUGGCUUAUGAGGAAGGAAAGUUUCCAGGCUGGAGAAGCACAACAGUUCUAGGAUUGCUCGAUAUCUAUGGAUUUGAGGUUUUCCAGCACAACAGCUUUGAGCAGUUUUGUAUUAAUUAUUGUAAUGAAAAAUUGCAGCAGCUCUUCAUAGAGCUCACAUUAAAGUCAGAACAAGAGGAGUACGAGUCAGAAGGCAUAGCGUGGGAACCGGUUCAGUAUUUCAACAACAAAAUAAUCUGUGAUUUGGUGGAAGAGAAGUUCAAAGGCAUCAUUUCUAUUUUGGAUGAAGAGUGCCUGAGACCUGGGGAUGCCACAGAUACAACCUUCUUGGAGAAACUGGAGGAAACUGUGAAGAACCAUCCCCAUUUUCUCACGCACAAGCUCGCUGACCAGAAGACCCGCAAGUCCCUGGGGCGGGAGGAGUUCCGACUGUUGCACUAUGCUGGAGAGGUCACCUACAGCGUCGCAGGUUUUCUGGAUAAAAACAAUGACCUUCUCUUUCGGAACCUGAAGGAGACCAUGUGCAACUCUGAGAAUCCCAUCAUAAACCAGUGUUUCGACAGGACAGAGCUGACGGACAAGAAGAGACCUGAAACGGCAGCAACUCAGUUUAAAAACAGCCUCUCCAAGCUCAUGGAAAUUCUCAUGUCCAAAGAACCCUCCUACAUUCGCUGCAUUAAACCCAACGAUGCUAAACAGGCUGACCGAUUCGAUGAAGUUCUCAUCCGACACCAAGUGAAAUACUUGGGCCUGAUGGAGAACCUCCGCGUGCGCAGAGCCGGCUUCGCCUAUCGGAGGAAAUAUGAGGUCUUCCUGCAGAGGUACAAAUCCCUUUGUCCAGAAACGUGGCCCACGUGGGACGGGCGGCCCCACGACGGGGUGGCUGUGCUGGUGAAGCAUCUGGGCUACAAACAGGAAGAAUACAAAAUGGGACGAACAAAGAUUUUUAUCCGCUUUCCCAAGACCUUGUUUGCGACGGAAGAUGCUCUGGAAGUGAGGAAGCAGAGUCUGGCCACAAAAAUGCAGGCCACGUGGAGAGGUUUCUACCGUCGGAAGAAAUUCCUGCACAUGAAACACUCAGCAAUAGCCAUCCAGUCCUGGUGGCGGGGAACGCUGGGGCGCCGGAAAGCUGCCAAGAGGAAGUGGGCAGUGGAGACCAUCAGGAGGUUCAUCAAAGGUUUCAUUUACCGGAACCACCCGCGGUGCCCCGAGAACGAGUAUUUCCUGGAUUACAUCCGCUUCUCCUUCCUCAUGAACCUCAAAAGGAACCUGCCAAAGAAUGUUCUGGACAAGUCGUGGCCAACUCCUCCUCCGUCGCUCAGUGAGGCAUCCCAGCUCCUGCGCCAGCUCUGUAUGCAGAACAUGGUCUGGACCUACUGCAAGAGAAUCAGCCCCGAGUGGAAGCAGCAGCUGGAACAAAAAGUAAUUGCCAGUGAGAUUUUCAAGGGUAAAAAGGACAAUUACCCUCAGAGUGUUCCAAGACUCUUCAUCAACACCCGCCUGGGUAAUGAAGAGAUAAAUGCUAAAGUCCUGCAGGCUUUAAACAAUGAAGCCAUUAAGUACGCAGUUCCUGUGGUCAAGUACGACCGGAAGGGAUACAAGGCAAGAGCCCGGCAGCUGCUCCUCACCCAGCACGCAGCCAUCAUCAUCGAGGAGUCCAAGAUCAAGCAACGCAUCGACUACGGCAAUCUGACAGGCAUCUCCGUGAGCAGCCUGAGCGAUAACCUCUUCGUGCUGCACGUGCACUGUGAGGACAACAAACAGAAGGGAGAUGUCGUGCUGCAGAGUGACCACGUCAUUGAGACGCUCACCAAGACAGCCAUGCAGGCAGGCAAAGUCAACAACGUCAACAUCAACCAGGGCAGCAUCAAGUUUACAGUUGGACAAGGCAAAGAAGGGAUCAUUGACUUCAUAUCAGGAUCAGAACUGCUCAUAGCCAAAGCCAAGAACGGCCAUCUAACAGUGGUUGCUCCUCGUUUGAAUUCUCGAUGA